UUUUUUUGGAGACGUGGUAACCCCAAGAUUUUACUUGGUCUUCAGAUUCACCAACUGUGAUCUUUUGGGAUUUUUUGCCUUUCUUAUGAUCCUCCUCACUGUACAUGGGGGUAAAAUAAACUUGGGUCCUCUUCCAGGCAGGUUUGUAACAGUUCCAGUUGUUGUCCACAUUUUUAUUCCCCUAACAGUAGAAAUUUCAUACCCAUUCCCUGACUUAUGAAGGUCAACACACUUCUCCCUCAUUAGUUUCAUAUGUUCUCUUUUCUUUGCCAUGUUGAAGGAUGACUAAGAGAAUUUGGGAUCUAUGUCACCUCAUGUUUGUACCCCAGUUAAUCAGGAAGUCAUGGAUUACAGCUUGAAGGUUCCUUUUCACUCCAAUCAACUCAAAGAUGUACAAUUUACAGGGGAAACAUGCUUCAGUUACAUUGUGUCCACUAUAAUUCCCAGGGGUGCCAAUAAUUGUGGAGGAGCUGUACAUGCCUCACAUAGGUGACAGUCUGGGAAAGGUUCUUGGUUGUUGCCUAGAACACAGCAACAAAUACACUUAAACUUGAAUAAGUUUAAACUCAAAUAAGCUCUGUACAUACAGACCCAGAGACUAGAUACAAACCCACCACAGACACAGGAAGAACAUGUAAGCCCUGCACACACAGAACCGCAGGCACACUGUUGUGAAUUCUUUCGAUUUGAGACUCUUGUUCUGAUAAUUGUAUUGAUUCGUUAUGGCAGCAUUUGUUAAUUAGAGGCUGUCGGGUAAAACGGAGGUUGUCGGGUAGAACGGAGGUUAUCAGGUAAACGAAGGUUGUCAGGUAAACGAAGGUUGCCAUUUUCUUUCUAUCUCUCUGCCUACAGCGCUGAGCUGAAGCAGAAGUCACUGCUGAUGACUAUAUCUUGCAGGUGAAUGCAAAGGAGGGACCCCUGCAUAGCCUGCAACCCGGAGACUGGGUGGCGGUCAAAGAUUUCCAAAGGCCCAGCUGGAUCCAUGCCAGCCAUUGGCGUACGACGUCUGGGCAUCACAAAGCAGGCCGAGAAGCAGACGCAUGCCAGAGUAAAAGGGAGAUGAUAUCAUGAUAGAGCCCCUGGUGCCAGAAUGCCCUCGACCCCUUGCCAAGCAUGGCUACCCUGGGAACUGGGCUGAGGGAGCAAAGGCAUUGAUCCAUAUAGUGCUGAUUUCUGGCAUAUUAGUAUUCAUACCUGAGUUAUGAUUGUAUGAAAUGUAUCUCCCAGCCCCCUCACCUCCCCCAUCAUCAAAGCAGCCUCAAACUUUUUAGAAAAUAGAAGAAAUUAUUACUAGUUUUUAUUGUGUUACUCUUAAUUUGCACAUGUUCUAAUGUUAAAUUGUGUUUUUUGUUCUAAGCCAAAGUACACUUGCUACCCAGAUAAACAGCUUUAAACAUUUCUUUGGACUGCCUAAGACAGUACUGUGCCGUAGUCAGUCACCCAGAGAACCCCACAGCAAAUUCCCCCCAGCAAGGUGAAAGACGCUCAACCAGCACUGAACCCACCAAGACUAAUUACUGUGGCAUUAGUCAAUGCAUUUUACUAUAUCUGGGGUUUUAUACUAUUGCCCUCAGCACUAUCACAGUGGCUUAAAAAGAAAUCUGUUAAAUCAAAGGUAGUACUACUUCAUGCAAACAUCCAACACCAUACAGGAGAGUGAUCGGUUCCAGGAGCUACACAGCAAAGAGUGUUCGGUUAUUGGAGAUCGUUCCUGGUGAAGAUUCUCGCUUCAGUAAUAAUUGUGUUUAUUGCUUUAUGUUGCAGGAUGACGUGUUUUAUUGCUUUGCUUCGUGAUAUGAUUGUUUGACUAGUAUCUGGUCGAUAUGUUCAAGUACUCAGCACUGGUAAUGGUGAAGAGGAUGGAUCCUGCCGUGCAGGGAGCACGAUGUUUUCCAUACAUUCAGGCAAAGGAAUUACUGAGCAAAGAUGGUGUGUAGGAUGAAUGCAUUUAACUGUGUCAGAGGGGGGAUAGAGGAUGAAAUUUGUAAAGGAAGGCAUAUUAACACAGAUUCCAUGCAUCACUGCUGUGGACCUACAGACCUAAAGGACAGUGCUGUAAAUGGACUUUUCUAAUAGUGUCUUUUGCUGUCUUAUAGCUGUGGCCCUGAGAAGUAGUGGGUCACUUUCCUUCCCUGUUCUGAGUAACCGUCCUCCCUUUUUAAUAUAUCUGGAGGAGCACCUCCUAGACUCAGGCUAAGUGCGAUGCCAGGCCUGAGUCUAGGAGGAUGUUCUGUAGCAUCCUAGAGAUGAUGUAAUCCACUCCGCUUGUCCGCUUGAGCCCUGUAUCUGCCCCAAACAAAUUGUUUGCUUUUGCUCACAACGCCUCAACCGUAGUGGAUGUGCAUGUGGGCCUUGUUUAAACAGUGUGGGAUUUUUGCUUCUCCUUACGCUUUAGUUCUCUUUAUAUACAAAACAAGUUUCCAGUCUUAAAUUUCUACAACAAAAUAACAAGUAGUACAACACCAUAACAGGGUAGAAUAAAUGUUGUGACUAACAAUUAAUACAUAAAUAGUUUAAUAUUAAUAAUAAGUGUCCAGUGAUAGUCUGGGGGGGGGGGGGGUGUCAGGAACAGGUAGGGAAUCAGGCGGUGAGCAGCAGGUCCAAGCUGGGCCAUCUCCUACUUUAACAUGAAAUUAGGGACGUGGUAUUUAGAAGCUGAGAGUGCUUGUGCAUGACUGCCAAAUGCGUAUGUCCAUAGAGCAAGAGAGGCUCUACAGCUGUGACAGAACAUUACAGUGCAGACGGUACAGCUUCAGACCUGAGCAAAGGUCUUAGAGCAGACAAUGCAGCUGCUACACGGAAAGUGACGCGGGCCGGAUGGAAAUUAUCAGGGGGACAUGCCAAAUGCAGCCCUGCAGCAUAAAUUCAUACCACCAAUCAUGGGAUUCUCCACUUGUUCCCUCACCUUUCUACGGACUUUUGUCCCUAUACUUCCAUUUCAGGGGAUAAUAUCUUCAGUAUUUCCCUGGAAAUGCCAGCAAAAUUCCGGAUAUGCGACGUGUUGAUAAUCUGAACCUUCAUCCAUCCAUUCUUUUUCCAAACCGCCUAUCCUACUGGGUCACGGGGGAUCUGGAGCCUAUCCCAGAAGCAAUGGGCAUGAGGCAGGGAAUAACACAGGAUGGGGGGCCAGCCCAUCUCCGAACCUUCAUUUAACUAUCAAAUAACAAAGGUUGUGUAGAGCAGUAUACUAGGAUCUAAGAUUAUUUAAAUCUAACCUCUGGUGUGAAAAAACACACAAUAGAUUCCACCAUGUCGUUCAUUUAACAAAAAUGAAGCAAAAAUGGGGAAGCCGUUUGUGAAAAACUAAGUACACCCCAUGAUUGAAUCGUUUGUAGAACCACCUUUAGCAGUAAUAAUGAAGUAAUAAUUUUCUAUAUGACUUUAUCAGUCUCUCACAUUGUUGCACAGGUCUUUUAAGGUCCCGCCACAGCAUUUCAAUCAGGAUGAGGUCUGGACUUUGACUGGACCAAUGCAACACCUUAAUUCUUUAGAUGCUGCUCUGCAUGUUUGCUGCCAUGUUCUCUUUAGAGAGAAGAUGCUUUCUCCUGGCAAUCCUUCAAACAAGCCAUACAUGUUCAGUCUUUCUCUAAUUGUAUGUAUGGUCAUGAACUUUAACAUUUAACAUAUUAACUGCAGCCUGCAGUCUGAGAUGUAGCUCUUGCGUUUUUUGCACAAUCUGACCUUGGGGUGGGUUUGCUGGGACAUCCACUCCUGGCAAACUGUCUGGAAUGUUAACCACUUGUGAAUAAUCUUUCUAACUGUAGAAUAAUGGAUUUCAAAUUGUUUGGAAAUGGUCUUAUAACCCUUCGCAGAUUUACGGGCAGCAAUAGUUGGAUCUCUCAGAUCAUUGCUGAUGUCUUUCCUCCUUUUCAUAGUGUGAACACACCCCUCAGCAAACUACCAAAACUUCUGCUUUUAAACAUACAGGUGGUCACACUUGCUGAUGAUCAAUUAGUUAAGUGCAUUUCAUUAGCAACACCUGUCUGCUACUAACCCUCUUAAUUCCCAUGGAAGUAGUAAGGGUGUACUUAAUUUUUCACAAAUGGCUUCUGCAUUUUGAUUUGGUUUAUGUUAAAUAAUGACACUGUGUAAUAUGUCAUGUCUUGUUGUUCAUUUGAGGUUGUAUUUAACAAAUUUUAAGACCUGCUAAGGACCAGAUGAUUUUUUUAUUGCCCUGAUACAUGAAACCUUAGAAUUAACAGUACUUUCUUCAUUGCAUGACUGUAUGUUUAUAAAGGGGCUCUGCAUUUCAUUGUCUCAUUUGAAGUUACAGAAGACCAAGUAGAUAAACACAGAAAGUACAUGAAGACAUAAAUUCUUAGAAUUGAUGCUUCAUGAAUGAGCUGGGAGUUACUGGAGAUAGUGAAAGUACAGAUCAUUGUCAUUUUUUUAAACAUAUAAUCACUUUUGUCGUUAAUUAUUGACUUUAACAGGUGAACUUUCAUCUCAUUGAAACUAAGUCAAUAAGGCAAUAAAUGCAUCAUAAUUCAUGAUACAUUCACAAGCCUACAUUACAUUUUGUGUCAGUGUUCACAGCCGUAUCUCAGGAAAAGUACCUCAGUUGAAGAAUCACCAAGCAAUUAUUUUUUGUGUCUCUCUGGAGAGCUUUUGGAAUAAUUGCAGAGAAACGCUCCAUGCCCAGGAGAAGAAAAGUAAACAGGCGAGAGUUAAUGACGUUCGUUUCCGUCAUGGAACCGGUCAACCAGGCUUAAGGAGAACAUCGGGGAUAUCACAGCAGAGUGAUUCGGCACCCAGCGGACUUUACGUGACUGGUCACAACAUCGGACAUAUCACAGCAGAGUGAUUCUUUACCCAGCAGAUUUUACGGGACUGGUGAGAGAAAUUGGCAACAGUAAACAAACAUUUUACGAAGGAUCAUUUUAUUCCGGAGUUCUGCAUUUACCUGUUAAUUAUGGCCAAAAUGGCAGUGCAGCUACUGGGCUUCUUCCUGGGUCUUCUGGGCCUGCUGGGAAUGGUGGUCACCACACUGCUGCCGCAGUGGCGACGACGGGCUUACAUUGGCUCCAACAUCAUCACGGCUACAGGUUACAUGAAGGGGCUGUGGAUGGAGUGUGUGUGGCACAGCACGGGCAUUUACCAGUGCCAGACCCACCGCUCCCUGCUGGCACUGCCCCAGGACCUGCAGGCAGCGCGGGCACUCAUGAUCAUCUCCUGUGUCGCCUCCAUUCUGGCACUUGCCGUCGCCACGGUGGGCAUGGAGUGCACCCGCUUCGCCCCACACUCCCGCAACAAGAACGCCCUGGCCGUCUUCGGUGGCAUCGGCUUUAUCGCCGCCGGCCUUCUCUGCCUGGUCACCGUGUCCUGGACCACUAACGACGUCAUCCGACAAUUCUACAUCCCCCAGCUGCCCAGCAUCAUGAAGUACGAGAUCGGGCAGGCUGUCUACCUGGGCUUUAUCUCAGCCUUGCUGAGUAUUGCUGGGGGGGUCACACUGUGUCUGUGCAGUGGGUCAUUCCUGGAACGUAGACCCCGCAUCCCACAAGCCCCUGCAGCGGUCGUGCGGCGAGCACCUCAGGCAUAUCAACACCCCACUGUCCAUAAGCGCCUUCAUUCUCCUGUCCACUUCUCGGGCGCCAGUGAAGGAUAUAGGGUUGGUGACUAUGUGUGAAAAACGUCCCAUAGACUAUUUAAUGGACACACUCAUUGCUUAAGUGUUUAUUCACGCCGAGAAACUCACCACAGAAAGAAAUCAGUGUCAAGGAGUUCUGCCACGUGUUUUCUGGUACUUUUCAAUGCAUUUCAGAGUCUUUGAAUUGUAACAUUCAUCCUUUUUUACUUAUGUACAGCAGUGAUAUUCAUCUGACCGAAAUACAGAGCAGUAUACAACACUGUAAUUUCACUCUCACUCUGGUUUUGCAUUUCUAUAGCACCGUUUUAGGUCUCUUCAAAAAGAUGUAACUGAUAAAUGUAGAUCAUAUACACAAUAUACAAUAAAAACUAUAAUUUUGA